UGCGACCUAAUGUGGAUCCUGUAAAUGGGAUGUGAUGCGACCUAAUGUGGAUCCUGUAAAAGAAGAAAAUGUUCUUGGAAGCCUUGUACCACAUGGCAAUCUUCAAGAGCUAUGCAUUAGAGGGCACGGGGGCACUAAUUCCCCAUCAUGGCUAUAUGAGAAUCUCUCAGUUAAAUGUUUGGAAUCUCUUUGUCUGGAUGGUGUAUCUUGGAAAACUCUUCCACCUCUGGGAGAGAUGUGGAUGGUUAAUGAGCUUGAUGAAGAGUAUCAGGGUUGUAGCCUCUCACCUCUAAGCUUCCAUAAUUUGAGAAGGCUACAAUUAAGUAACAUAUCUAGGUUGAAAAAAUGGGUUGGAAAUGGCGCUUGUCCUUUCUUUUCUUACUUGGAAGUGCUCAUAAUUAGAGGAUGUUCUGAACUUUUGGAGUUGCCAUUUUCACAUUCUACUUGCUAUGAAGCACGAAUGGAGGAGAAAAUGGGUUGGUUUCCUAGGCUACGGGAGAUGGUCAUUGUCGACUGCCCGAAACUAGCAUCAGUGCCUUCUAUCCCUUGGCGGACUAGUACGUGUUGUGCUGAGAUAGUAAGAGCAGGAUCAGGUUUUGAAAAGCUGGUUUACCACAAAAGGUACGAAUCAAAACUAAGCUUGGAAAUUGAGGGAAAGGGUGAUCAAUAUGAUGGGUUGUGGAGUGGGUUGAAUUUCUCUAAUCUAACUGAUCUAGAGGAGUUGUACGUGAACAGAGUCCCUCCCCUGCCGCUGGAUAACCUCCGAGUGCUAGCAUCUCUAAAGAAGAUCGUGAUAGAGGGUGCCAGCAGUUUCUUGUUAUCGGUUGGAGAUGCUACUGCUAGGCAUGGCGUAUACCGGUUUCCAGUUGAAGAACUCAGGAUCAGUAACUGUGAUACGAAAGGAAAAGAAUUGACAUUGCUGCUCUCUUUUCUUCCGAACCUAUCAAAGUUGGAUAUGAAUAGGUGUGAGAAUAUAACUGGGUUGGGUGUGGUAGAGCAUGCAGAAACUGUUUCUGGAGAGCAGCAGCAACAGACAAGAGACGAUGAGGAAAUAAUAACAGCGUCAGCAGCAGGAGUACUUCUAUUGCCUCCCCAGCUACAGGAAUUGCGGAUUUCAGAUUGCCCAAAGGUGAGCUUAUUAUUCUCCAAUCCACUGCACGACAACGACCAGCACGCCACAACAGAAGCAGGGCUCCAACGUCUCCGCUCCCUUAGCCACUUGGAUGUGAGUGGCUGCCCCGAGCUCCUCUCCUCCUAUUCAUCCUUAUCCUCCUCUGUUUUCCCUUUUCCAACCUGCUUGCAAGUCCUCUGCCUACGGAGCGUGAAGCACAUGGAGACGCUGCAAGCCCUCUCAAACCUCACCUCUCUCACCGAAUUAUACUUGUAUGCAUGGGAGCAGGGUUUAAGAGAUGAGGGCUUAUGGACUCUCCUCGCCCACGGCCGCCUCACACGAUUAACCCUCUAUACUCGCUCCAACUUCUUCGCCAGAUCCAAUCCCUCAUGGCCACAUGACAAAGAGGGGUAUUCCCGUUCCUCCAAGCCCUUGGUUCUGAAUACGAAAUACAACACAGGAGUCCUUGCUGCGCCCAUCUGUAGCCUCCUCUCUUCCACCCUCACAGUACUAUUCCUCUUAUUCGGCCACGAGGUGGAAUGCUUGACAAAGGAGCAAGAGGAGGCCCUUCAGCUCCUCACCUGCCUCCAGGACCUCCGACUUUUUGGGGGAUACAAGCUGCAGCACCUCCCUGCAGGGCUACACAAGCUUAUCAACCUCAGGGAAUUAAGGGUCAUAUGGUGUUCGGCCAUCCUGUCGUUGCCCAGCCUUCCGAGCUCUCUGCGGGAAUUAAAGAUGGAGUGUUGCGGUGCCAUCAAGUCUCUGUCGAACGGCCUCCCGAGUUCUUUGGAAAUAUUGAAUAUCUGCCGCUGUGAUGCCAUCAAGUCGCUGCCCAAGGACAGCCUUCCAAGUUCAAUGCGAGAGUUAGAUGUCCAUCUUGGCAACAGCAAGGAGCUAAAAAGGGACUGCCGCAAGUUUAUAGGAACCAUCCCAAUUGUGAGAACUUGACCAAUCCAAGGGUUCUUCUUCAACCUGCAUAUUCUGUUAGCCUCCUACAGUUCUCUCUGUAUAAUUACGAGCAAGGCUCCCACUUGCCAGUGCAAGCAUGAUGAUCUCAGUUUUCUCCCAUCCUGCAUGCAAAGCUGUGAGCAGGUUGGGCCAUGGAGUUGUCAAUUCUUCCAUCUUUGUAAAAUUCUCUGCGUUGAUACAAGGUUCCUUCAUCAUCAAAGCCUUGAGUGGCAUCUCCUUAUGAGCAUGAAUUGAUAAUUAAUUAAUUAUGGGAUCCAUCUAGGAGUUUUAGCCUUGUAAAAUUAUCUCCAUGCACACACAGGUGGCACUUCAGGGUCUUGUGUGGUAUUUCGUCCUAUAUGAAAAGUCCAUAAAUCUGGUUAGUGUGCACAAAUCCAAUCUGUUCUAUCGUAUAGCUAAUACCAUUUCAAAGUUUCUUUAUCUCCCUCCCUGGAGGAAAUUUUAUUUUAUUUUUGUGCAGGAGUCUUUAUGCUAAUUCUGGUUGGAUUAUAGAUACUUUCCGUUUACAUUUUGGUCAUCUCUCAUGAUGACUUGAUGGUGUGCUCGGCUUAUUCGGCUGUGAGGGUUAACAUAUCACCAUCACCAUGGCAUAAUGGUGGAAGAAAUGAGAUCCGGAACUUUACAGUAAUACCCCUUGUCGUAUGAUAUCAGUGCUUGUGUGCAGCCAAUCAGAUCUCUGGUCGUUAUUAAUUGAUGUGGCAUGCGGCACAACUUUGGAAAUCAACAAUGGAGUAGGCACAUGUUUGUGAAGUUGUAACACUUUUGUACCCACAGAAGGUCAGCAACCCCUUGCUGAAAUUCAUGAUCAAUUUAGCUAUGCUAGAUUGUAUUGCAAUGUGCAAUUGUCAAACACUUACUGCCUCAUGAGACCUAGGCUAGAGGAAUUGAUACUUUCUGGAUAAGUUGGUACUCUAGCUUUUGAGCACGCUCAUAAUCUCUGAAUUCAUUGCCAUUCUGAAUUAAAUAACACAAGAGAGUUUUCAGCUGAUACAUAUAGUCGUAAAGGUAGAGAACACUUGUUACUAGGUGAUUGAUGAACAUUGAUUGAACAAAAAGACUCGAGCUUGCUAAUUUUUAUUCAUAGAACCUCCUGAGUUAAGUAUGGUGAAGGUGAUUUUAUUCUCUUCUUGAUCUGUAGUAUUUUUUCUAUCUCACCAAUGCCAAAAGCAGAGCAGAUUUCAUGAGCCUUGAUUAUUGCAAUCUGAAUAUUUAGUGUGUAUUGUUAAGUUCGAUGUUCCUCUAGUCUGAAGUCUUUGAAAGCCAGUCAUUCCUUUGCCGUAACUUUAUGUUUGCUUGCCUCUUCAACACUCGGCAUUGCAUUCCUUCAUCAGGAUAUCACAAAAUCUCAGAAAUUAAACCAUUUCUGUCAUUUGUUCACACCAUACCUACCUAUAUAGCGCAUCACUCACUAUUCCAUAGUAGUUGAUUAUUCCAUAAGCACAGUCAUCAAAGUUUGAGAAGACUCAAAAGCGUUUUAUUAUCAACGCUGCAAAAUUCAUUAUUAUGAAGAUUCAAGAGCUAUAUUCAUCAGCAGUGGCCUCUCUCUCACAUACUGAAAAAACAAGAAGAGAGGAGCACCAUUUCAAAAGAUUAAAGGGUUCAUUUUCAAGCAGGACGGAAUAGCCAGCAGUGCUUCCAUUUUCAUGUGCUACAUAUGCAAUAUCGAUAACAGGAACAUCACUCGCAUCCUGGGAUCACCUUACAUUGCAUUGGCCUCUCAAAUAAUUUCCUUGGUGUGAGUCCGUUUCCUCCCACAUGCCUUGGACCCUACAAUUUUUUCCAAUGACUGGAAUGUGAAGACUUCUUUUUAUGCUGAGUUGAACUCUUAUUUAGCUUUACAAUCUAGAUUUCAGAUUUGCUCAUUCUUUGAAUUACCCAACCAAGCUCCAGAUAAGCUUUCCAGAAAUAUAAAGUAGAUAGAACACUUCGGCCACUGGCCAGUGAGGACUAUAAUUAUGUGAUGAGAGUAAUUCCGGAUCAUGACGAGGUAAUUUCGCUAGAUACCUGCUCUUGGAAGGUUCACAAAGGAAUAAAAUUGUUGGCUGCUCUUGUCUUCCUUUGUUCUUGACAUUGAAGUCAAACCUCCUAGUUACCUGUGUUCAAAACUUGAUCGCUAUAUUGUUGAUGCUGUUCACUCUCAUAAAAUGGAACCCAUUCCGUACUGGCAAUGAAUAGGAGUUGUUAUUUAAGCUUGUGCUCAAUUGUUAGCCUGCUACUUUAAUAUGUUUGCAGUAAGUGCCUCGACCCAAAGUUUACGAGGAUUACAGUAAUUGUUUGCACGUGAGCACUUGUUUGCAAUCUCGCUAGGCUAAGCUUUCAGGUAUUUCACAAGCAUGUGGGCAAGUUGAAUCAGGAGCCUAAGUCCUCUGACGUGCCAUUUGCCGCAAUCUGAGACCUUUCUUUCUCGAGGGAAGAAUAGGAAAGGGAGAAGGCUAAGAUGAAUCAUAGCUUUUGUUUCUCUUUGAAGCCACUUGCUUCCUAACAAUGUUAUAAGGAAGAGAAAAUGGGGUUUCCCCGAUUGUUAUUUCCCUUCUAGCUUCAGUCUGUAGUAGGCUGUCGAUGAAUGGUACAAAAACAUGCGGACUCUUUCAUCUGUUCUUUAAGUGUGGACAUCAACAUUCAGUGUAAUGUGCAAUAUCUUCAUAUAUGAAUCUAUGCUUGCAUGUCA